GGGAUUUCGUCUUCCGUGGCACUGCGUGAUGCCAGUGGAUUGGUCCCGCGGUGGAUGGCCUGCCUACUACUCCUCCCAUUCGCCUCGUCGCUUCCCCUCCGCCGCACUGCUCCCGAUUCGCCCUGCUCGCUUCGUCUCUGCCGCUCCCCCUUCCUCGCUCCCCCUGCGCUCUUGCUCUGGAGCUCGUCCACCUCCUCUAGCCGCCGUUCGUCCUCCUUGCUGGGUCGGUGGCGGGGCGGAGGAUCCGUCUUCGAGGCCGGCGGAGAGGCCUUACAGAUGGCUCAGCUGCAUCGUCUUCUUGGCGCGGCAGCGCCAUCUUGAACCAAGCUCCGCAGCGCCUCUUCGAUUAGCCCUACGCAGCUCAAUUCCAUCGACCAGAUCGCGAUGGCGGCCGAGGAGCUCCCUGUUCAGAUCGCGAUGGCCGCCGAGGAGCUCCCUGUUCCUGACUCGCCGCCUUCCACCCGUUCCACCGACAGCUGUCUGCGGGCGCUUGCACGGGAAGAUGACUAUGUAAUACUGAUUCCCCAUUCCCGCAUCUUUGCCCUCAUGCUGCAAGCUCUCAAGUUGCCCCCUGCGAUUUACCAUCACAAGACAUAUCCGGGCAACGAGUCUCGUGUGACGGUUACUUUUAAUUCGUCGUUACAGUUGUUCGAUGGUUUGCUUGUCCCAACCUCGAUAUCUGGUGUGGUCUCAAACAACUAUGAUGAAGCAGAAGACAGUGCUGCUAUCGCAGCCAUUAGGUUUAUGGAGGAUGCAUGUGGCAAAGAAAUCAGGGACUAUCACUGCACCCACGUAAAGAAGCUGGAAAAUCAAGUGACACACCUGGUCAAGUUGCUGGUUGCAGCAAACAAGACAAUAAAGAAGGUCCGCAAAGGAUGGUACUAUGCUGUCAGAUACAUGAGCUCGUAUUCUACUCAGAUACAGAAUACGACAGCUGCUCGGCGCCUAAAAGGGCAGGACAACACCAAAGGGGCUAUGAAAACGGCACUCGCAAGCACAGGAAAGUUGGCAAAAAGGCUACGUUAUAUUGGCAUGAAAUCGGAGCAACGCCUGGAAACCACGGAUAGUAUCUGGUGAGCUUCGGUCGGUACAUCGUACCCAGCAUGUUUACGGAGCAUUAUCUUUACCCUUUUGAUGUUCUUCUGAACAAGAAAUACAUAUCCUAUGGAUUCUUGUUGUUAUCUUUGUAAUGGAACGUACCCCCUGGUAACAUGUUGCUACUCUCGCUUUGCUCUACACAAGGCAUGUAUAGACUUUAAGUUUUAGUUCCUAUCUCUAUGUCGUAAAAAAUGUUCCUGUGUUCUAUCAAUGAUCGUAUGCAAGCACUGAUCUUGGUUC